CAGCUUUAGAGUUGCCUUUGGCCAAGUGGCAUGUCCGAGCAGCCCAUGGCAAAAGACUUGGGGGCCGGCGGGCCAGCUGAGAUCAAGGACGUUGAAAAGCAGGAUGCUGAAGUGACUCCUGCUUGGCUGAUGGGCAGCCGAGCCAAGAUGACAAAGGAGGGAAAAUCCAAUUCAUGGAAGAGUAGCCUGGGAGGAAGCUCUGGUGCAGGAAGCCGGGUGGACAGCACAGGGGCAGGCAAUGGCGCUAAGAUGAGCCCGAGCGAUGCACAAGAAAAAUGGUCCGAUAAGAUGAGGUUGAGUCAGGAGGCCCUGGAUUGCCUGGAGCACGGGGACUGCGAUUCCGAGACCUUCAGUAGUCACUCCACCAGGUGUUCGGACACCAUCUUGACAUUCAAAGACAUUGCCUUCCAGGUCACCCAGAACAAUGGCCAAAAGAAAGACAUCUUGGCGCCCAUCUCAGGUCAUUUUGAGUCCGGCCAUUUGGCCGCCAUCAUGGGGCCAUCAGGGUGUGGCAAGACCACGCUACUGGACAUUUUGGCGGGGCAGAAGUCGGCUGCAUAUAGCGGCACGGUCCACUUUAAUGGCCGUCCAAGAGAUAAACUUUUUCCGAGGAUCUCUGCUUAUGUGCCCCAGGAAGAUGUGAUGCCAAAGUACUUGACGGUCUCCGAGGCCGUUGAGUUCAACGGCAUGUUGAAGUUUGAACGCCCCUCCCUGGUGAGUCGCAAAAUGGCACAGCAGUGGAUCCUCCGACGGCUGGAGGUAUUGGGCCUCAUGGAGGUUAAGGACACCUACAUCGGCGACGCCACGUCGCUGCGUGGCAUCUCGGGGGGCCAGAAGCGUCGCUUGUCCUUGGCCAAACGCUUGACCUCCGGCGCACAGGUCUUUUUCUGUGACGAGCCAACGAGCGGCCUCUCAGCUACGGAUGCAGAGACGUGCAUGAGGUAUAUGAAGCACAUCGCACAGUUCUACAAUGUCAUCGUUGUGGUGGUAAUUCAUCAGCCAAGAGUGGAAGUAGCGAAGCUCUUCGACGAGUUGCUGCUGAUGACUGCUGGCCCUGGACGAGCUAUUUACAAUGGAAGGAUGGAGGACGUUGUUGGAUAUUUGCAAAGCAAUGGCUUUGAAGUGCCAAUGCAUGCGAAUCCAGUGGAUUAUUUCAUGGACUUGGUCACACCAGAAGUGAGCACAUCACAGGUGGAUCUCUUUGUGCAGAAGUACCGUGAACAGAUGGAGGACAACGUCCUUGCAGUUGUGGAUGCGGGUCUCGAGGCCAAGAUGCCCAGCGCCUUGGAACUCUUGGAGAGCAUCAGGGCACAGAUGCUGAAGUGGGGUAGGGUGCCGGCACUUCGAAACAGCAAAUAUGGAGUUCGUUUCCGACGGCAGUUCUACUACGUGUUCAAGCGGCAGUUGAAGUUGCGCUGGAGGGAUCGGAACGGUCUGCUGGCAGAUUUGCUGGGUGGAAUCAUCAAGGCCCUGGUGGUUGGCAUUGUCUACAUGCGAACUGGCGAGUUGGACAUCAAGGCGCAGGUCUCCUUCUUUUUCAUGCUUUGCAUGUCGUGUGCCAUUGAUGGCCUAAAGAACAUGCCCACAGUCAUUUCGGAGCGCACCAUAGUAAAGACGGAAGUUGCCGAGGUGCUCUACAGUGACUGGGCCUACAUCAUCUCCUUCACUUUCCUCAGCUUGGUGCAAGAGGUGGUGGUUCAUAGUAUCUUUGUUGUGAUCAUAUUUGCGAUGAGUGGGCUGCGGUGGACAAUGUUCCCCUCAAUCUAUUUGUGGACAACACUUUUGGCAGUGACAAUGGAUGCAAUGUACUUGAUGGUUGCCUCAGUGGCAAAGGAUUCCACCACUGCGAUCAUCAUGUCACUGCCCUUCAUGAUGCUGUUUCUUCUUUUCAAUGGCUUCACUGCAACCCGAUCCUCCGUGGUCCCGUGGAUGCGUUGGGCGAUCGAAAUCUCUCCAGUGGCCUACAGCAUGCAGCAGCUCACUUUUACAGCCAUGUGGGCAUACGAAGAUAACGAUUCGCUGAACGCCAGCUACAUCUACAUCGUCUCCAGUUCGGACUAUAAGGACCAGCCAAUUCGGGCGGUCGCUGUUAUAGCCAGCUGCUUCGCGGUCUUCAAGAUCACACAAAUGGUAUGCUUCCACUGUCUGAACAACAUCAGACGAUAACGAGUUCGUUUCUCUUGUUCCAAUCGUAUGUCGCUUUAAUCUACGCAACACGCACUGCCGCGAACCCGCUGACGUAAAGAGGCAGGUUUCAUCUGCGCCUAGAAACGCGUGCCGUCGUGUCUUUGGAAACUCAAAGUUUUCAUGGAAUCCUGACUUUUGGUGUGAGGAUACAGUGUUACGAUCUUGCCAGAUGGUG